AAUUGCUGUCAGUUUAACGAAACCGGUAACGUGGUUAGGACGAAGCGUGGUAACCUACUCCGGCAAUCGUACCAACGACGUGUUUCGAUAACAUCGUAUUACGCGGAGUAUGUGUGCUAAAAAACUGUCAUAAGGUCAAGGAAAAUCGUAUGACCAUAAAGUCUCGACAUUGUUUGCUACUUGAACGAACUCUGUUAAUUAAUAAUUGUCUUGAUCAGUUUUCGAUUAUUCUGUUUGUUUGUAAGUUUGCCGGUACUGCCAGUUUCUGACAACCAGUUUGGACUAAUAAUUGGAUUUUUUCCGAAAAUUUGUUAAAAAAAAACAAACUCCUUGACCUCUGGGUUAAAGAAGAUAACCGAACCUAAUCCUUAGAGCGUCAACGAAGAAAAGAUGUGCGAAAGUUGACACAAAAAUGAACUUGCAUCCUUUGACUCCAGACGAUGGCACGCAGACGGCGCUUGCUGAAAGUCAUCCUGGGCAUCAUAAUAGGAUUAUUCGCGUCUCAACUGUACCUCGAGGGGUGUCCAGGCACCCAUAAAAGGCGUAUCACCCCUCAUCAUUUGAUCAGCGAAGAAGAUCGUCGUGCGUUGAACAAGAGUUUGCUGUUCGUGGGCAUCAUGACUGCCCAAAAAUACCUGGAUACUCGAGCAAAGGCUGUGUAUGACACGUGGGGGAAGGAAGUGCCGGGGAAAGUGAUGUUUUUCAGUUCGGAAAAUUCGUACAGUGAACAUGUGCCGCUAGUUGCGUUACGGGGAGUGGACGAUAGUUACCCGCCACAGAAAAAAUCGUUUAGGAUGCUUAAAUAUAUGUAUGAUAAUUUUAUCGAUAAGUAUGAGUGGUUUUUGCGAGCGGACGAUGAUGUGUAUAUAAGGACUGAUCGGUUAGAGGAGUUGCUAAAAUCUGUCGACAGUAAGAAAGCCUGGUUCAUAGGUCAAACAGGUCGUGGCAACACCGAAGAAUUCGGCCUUCUAUCUCUCGACAACGACGAAAACUUUUGCAUGGGCGGUCCCGGCGUCAUCCUUUCCAGGGAAACACUCAAGAGGAUGGCACCUUCAGUAGAAGAGUGCCUGCAACACCUCUACACGACGCACGAGGACGUAGAACUGGGACGCUGCGUCAGGAAAUUCGCUGGGAUAUCGUGUACGUGGUCCUAUGAGGCGAGUGACUACUAUAGCAUGCAAGUAAUUCUCUACCACAACCAAAGCGGCGAAAAAGCUUUUAGUGGUGAUUUGAAGCAAAAGGAAGUUCAUAGAGCGAUAACUCUACAUCCAAUAAAGCAGCCCCAAUUGAUGUACCGGCUUCACAAAUACGUUAAGGGGCUGAAAAUUCAGAAGUUAGAACAAGAAAGUAUUCAACUGCAUCGAGACAUCGCAUCAUCUAUGCAGGAAAUGGGAUACCGAGUCAGUAGCGUACACUCUGCCGAUCUUGCCAAAAAUUUGCCACUUUUUCCUCAUAAGAGAGGUUCAGACGGGUACUUAGGAGAUACUAGUAUUUUAGGUGUGCCAGCUGGAUUAAACAGAUAUACCCCAAACUCAUUAGAAGAUAUUUUAGAAUGGGAGCUUAUCUCCAAAACUUUAUAUACUCAUAGAGAUUUAAAUCCUAGAAAGAGAAUAGGUUCGUCCAUGAAAGAAGGUUUAAGUGAUGUAGUUAGAGAGAUUAUGGAACUGAUUAAUUCGUAUUCUAAGCAGAGAGGAAGAGUCAUAGAUUUUAAGGAAAUUUUGUAUGGAUACUGGAGGUUGGAUCCAGUCUAUGGAGUAGAUCUUAUAUUAGAUAUGUUACUAGUGUAUAGAAAAUACCGAGGACACAAAAUGACAGUUCAAGUUAGGCGACAUGCGUAUGUGCAGCAGACAUUUACAGGCAUUCACAUUAGGGAACUAGACGACUUCGAACACACCAACCAAAUUCUAGUCAGCUCAGACUCGUUACCAGUUCACAAGCAGAUAGUCAAUCACAUAUUUUCGAAAAUAAACGAAAAGCUACAUCCUCUACUAAAUUAUUAUAGCCCGGAAGAACGAUACAUUAAUUUUAUUUUACCUUUAAGCGGCCGUUAUUCGAUAUUUAAGCGAUUUAUUCAGUUAUACGAAGACACAUGUUUAAAAGAACAACAGUCUACUAACUUAUACAUAGUACUUUACAAAAAUAAAGAAAAUGCUCAAGAUUACCAAAGAAGUUUGGAAUUAGUUAGCUCUUUAACGCAGAACUAUCCGUAUCGGGUAAUAAAAGCUAUUACUUCUGAGGAAGAUUUCUCUAGAGGAAAGGCGUUGCAGUUAGGUGUAGAUGAACUUCAAGACGACAAUUUGAUGUUAUUUAUAGAUGUAGAUAUGGUAUUCGACAGAGAUAGUCUUCAGCGAAUUAGAAGAAAUACUGUCCAAAAUAAGAAGGUGUAUUUCCCCAUAGUGUAUAGUUUGUACAAUCCGCAGUUGUUAAAGGAGUCAUACAAUGAGACGAUAUGGAUGUGUCCAAAAAAUAGUUCCUUCGAUGAUUACCAUGGAUUCUGGAGACAAUUCGGAUUUGGAAUUGUUAGCAUCUACAAAAGUGACUACAUUCGUCUAGGUGGUUUUGAUCUGAAGAUUUCUGGUUGGGGAGCAGAAGACGUUAAUUUAUACGAUAACGUCAUCAAAUCCGACUUAAAAAUAGUGAGAAGUGUUGAUCCUGGACUAAUCCACAUCUUUCAUUCGGAAAAGUGCGAUGACCAGUUAGAUACUGAGCAGAAGAUUAUGUGUUUAGGAACUAAGGCUAAUACUCUAGGAUCGCUACAAACUUUACAAAAACUGUUUUUGAAAUAUAAAGAUUUGUUUAGGUAGCACUUGCUUGUAAUGAUAGCGAUAAGUAAACAGAACUUUGCCAUAGACUUUUGUUAUUGAUCGCCAUAAAUAAUUUAUAUACA